AUGAGGUGGGCUACGAUCACGGCCACGGCGACGUUAUGCCUCACGGGCGCACUAGCUAGCGUCGGCAAGAUUGACGGGGGCCUGCAUGUCCGAUUCGCCUCCGAUUCCAAGGCUGCCCUUUUCGGUCGUCAAGCGGUCGAUAAUCUCUGCGGUCCCGAUAACGACAACGCCAAAUGCUCAGGCCAGAGGUGUUGCUCCAUGUAUGGAUAUUGCGGUGAGGGUCGUGAAUACUGUAACCGCUUCAGCUGUCAGCCCGACUUUGGCUGGUGCGAAGGUCAACCCAUCCCCCCACCAGAACCCACAACCACGGCCGAACCUACGAGCUCUGCGGAGCCCACGUCCGCCACAUCGGUCGAAUCAUCCGAACCUCCUGCUUAUUCUACAUCGGCCUCUGCGCCCCCCGCCUCUUCUUCUGCACUGCCUUCUUCCUCCUCUGCGCCUUCCGCCUCCUCUACGUCAGCCCCUGAGCCUUCUGCAUCCUCCACUUCAGCUGCGGCUUCCUCUACCUCGGCUUCGGAGCCUCCUGCUUCCACAACAGAAGCCACCGCCGAACCCACGACAUCUGAAACCGAGGGCACACCCACAGGAAGCUCACCAGCUACUGGCGAAACCGGCGUCCCCGAGCUCACAAUCUCCGAGUCGGGAAUGUGCGGCAACGCCACCACCUGCGCAGGCUCUACCUUUGGCAACUGCUGCUCAGAGUUCUACUUUUGCGGUUCCGGGGAAGCAUACUGCGGCCAGGGAUGCCGAGAGGGCUUCGGCAACUGCGAGCAAGAGGCGCCUGGGACACCGGAGACUCCUACAUUGGAGAUCUCUACCAACGGUAUGUGUGGCAACGGGACGACGUGCGCUGGGUCCACGUUUGGUGGAUGUUGCUCGUUUUAUUGGUUUUGCGGUUCUGGUGCCGAUUAUUGUACGGGCGCUUGCCGCUCGGAGUUUGGCGAGUGCCAGGGCGCUGCAUGA